AUGGCGGAAUCAGCUGCGGCUACGGACGUACCUCCCGUGGAGCGACCUGAGAAGCAUACCAAGUCCAAACGUCCCAUUAGGCCUGCGAAGCCCAAACAUCAUGGCAAACCAUUACUCCCAGUCCCUGUCGACCCGCCUCUUAACCCAUAUCCUGAAGACACCGAUACAACUGCACCUGAGCCGGACGUUGAGCCAGAACUACCCUCGGAGCCCGAGGCAGAGACUGAGUCACCAACAGCGGAACCACCGGAACUUGAUUUCAACCCUCAUCCCAAUCCACCAGAGGAGGGCCCUGUUCGAAUUCAGACUGAUGGUACUACUGAACCGACACCUGAAGCUACCCCGGAAGAGCCUGCAGCUGAGCCUGAAGCUGAGCCUGAAGCUGAGCCUGAAGCUGCGCCUACCCCGGAUCAGCCUCCCGCAGAUCCUGCACCUGAGCCGGAUACAGAACCUGAAGUUGCCCCCGAAGAACCAGCAGCAGACCCACCAGCUGAAGAGCCUGAAGCUGCGCCCACUCCAGCUCAACCACCAGUAGAACCUGCAGCUGAACCUCCUGAGCCUGUAGAGGAGCCUUCUGAAGAAAAGCAGUCUGAACCUGCCGCUGAACCAACACCUGACGGCGCACCAGAAGAGCCAGCAGAACAGCCUCCAGCUGAAGAGGCCGAAGCUGCUCCAGCUCCAGUCCAGCGUUCGGUAGAUCCUGCACCUGAGCCGGAACCUGAACCUGAACCUGUACCCGAGGAGCCGACAACAGAGCCACCAGCUGCAGAGCCCGAACCUGAACCACCCGUGGAGGCUACAUCAACAGAACCGCAGCCGGAAGCAGAACCAACGUUGCAGGUACCUGCUACAGAGCCCGUUGAGACAGCACCUGUAGAGCCUCCACCGCCAGUUGCUGACCCUGAACCUACGCCCGCGCCUGUCGAGAGUGCAGCCGAACCAGAAGCACCUCCUGAACCAGUGCCAGAUGCACCAACAGAACCUCCACCUGCACCACCUGUCGCGGAAGAGCCCGAGGCAGCACCGGCUGCUGAACCUGAGGUUGCACCGGUGUCUAGGGCAGUAGAGCCAGAAGCACCAACGGAAGCAGCACCCGAACCGGGAGCAGCACCUGCAUACACUGCCGCAGAGACCGAAGACCUGCCCCCUCAGCCUCCAGAAGCGCCAGCGCCGGAACCGGCACCGUCUGUAGCAGAAACGGAAGCACCAGCCCCUUCCGUAGCCACUACUGCCACCAAAACCCGCAAACGCGACAAAGUCAAGCUACUCGCGGCGAUGCGUGCCCCACCCGAGUCCGUCCCUAUAAUGGUGCUUCUUCGCCAAAAGAAGAAGGCUGGUGAGGAUGUCAAGGCCAUUGCAGAUGCCAUGCUCGCGUCCGCGGGGUCUUGA